UCCGUGUUGUGAACCUGAAGAGAGCACUGUUAUUGGUCUGAGAUAAUUAUGCCAAUUAUUUUUGGUAAUGGAUAACAUUUUUAUAUUCCCUUUUUAUGUUGAACAUGAAACCUUAAGCCGAUAAAAGAAUAAGUACAUAUCUGUCAGUUUGUUUUACCCCCAGGAAAUAGUCGGUGUCAUUCUUUCACGGUCCAUUAGUAAGACUUGAAGUUUUAAGGGGAAGCUAACCUGAAACUGUGGAACGACGCCGAUGCUUAAUUAACUCCAGAAGAUGGCAGUACUGCAGGAAUAACGAGGUAUGCUACCGAACAUCCUCGAAUGAAGAAGAAGAAAAGGGAAACAGGCUUAAUUCCUGCCAAAAGUCUGCAUUUCCAGUUAGUGGCUACGUGCUCUCUGUGAGACGGUGCAAUGGAGUCGAGUUUCCACCGCGAUGUGAAGAAGGAGCUCCUUUGUGCUCUCGGUGCCUGGCUUCUGCUCCUCUGCACGGCCACAUCUGCACAGGAUGGGGGUCAGGUGAAAAACUCCCAGUGUCACAACUACGCGGGAGGACACGUCUAUCCUGGAGAGGCUUUCCGCGUUCCCGUGUCUGACCAUUCCCUGCACCUCAGCAAAGCCAAAAUUUCAAAGGCUGCGCCACACUGGGAGGGAACAGCUGUCAUCAACGGUGAAUUCAAAGAGGUGAAGCUGUCCGAUUACAGAGGAAAAUAUCUCGUCUUUUUCUUCUAUCCCUUGGACUUCACGUUUGUCUGCCCCACUGAGAUCAUUGCAUUCAGCGACCGUGUGCACGAGUUUCAGGCCAUCAAUACAGAGGUGGUCGCCUGCUCAGUGGACUCUCAGUUUACCCACUUGGCAUGGAUCAAUACCCCCAGGAAACAGGGUGGUCUUGGACAAAUGAAAAUCCCUCUACUGUCUGACCUAACUCACCAGAUCUCAAAAGACUAUGGAGUCUACCUGGAGGAUCAGGGGCACACUCUGAGGGGUCUCUUCAUUAUCGAUGACAAAGGUAUUCUGAGGCAGAUCACCAUGAAUGAUCUUCCGGUGGGCAGAUCAGUGGAUGAGACUCUGCGGCUUGUCCAAGCCUUCCAGUACACAGACAAACAUGGAGAAGUGUGUCCAGCAGGAUGGAAACCAGGCAGCGACACGAUCAUUCCUGACCCCUCAGGCAAGCUGAAGUAUUUUGAUAAACUGAACUGAACUGCGUUUCUGUGAUCCCAGUCUGUGAAAUCCAGCCAUGUCAAAUAAAAAUGUUUUUCUACAUUGA